ACGGUACUUGGCAAGUGAAUCAGACUGACUCAGAUAUCGGAACCAGUCUGACUUACAUUCUGGCUUAUAACUGGAAAACACAAUGAAGUCCUGGUGUGUUCUCGCUUUUCUGCUGUUGGAUUUUUUCUGCCAUGGCACUCUUUCCUGCCCUGCUUUCUGCAAAUGCUAUGCCGGAAGAGCUGAGGUGGUCUGUAAUGGGGCUCCCUUGAAAGAAUACCCAUCUGAGGGUCUCCCAGAGAACACCACUAUGCUGACAAUCCAGUUCACGAACAUCUCGACCAUAUCUGAGCAGCAUCUUGAAGCCACACCGCAAUUACAAGAGCUUCACCUGCAUGAAAACCACCUGCAGACCCUUCCCUCCAAUUUCCUCAGGGGGGUUCCUCGUCUGCACACUUUGGAUCUCACAGGAAACAAACUCAGUGAUCUUCCUGUGGAUGUCUUCACCCAUGCCUCGCUCCGUAGCUUGGUGCUGAAGAAUAAUCUGAUUAAAGAAGCUGAUGCAGCGUGGUUUCCUGAUAACAGCAGCCUGACCUGGCUUGACUUAUCUGGGAACCACUUAACAAAGAUCCAAGCUGCAUUUCUUCAAAAGCUACCCCACUUGGAAACUCUUGACUUGUCCAAAAAUCGUCUCGAGGAGAUACCUGCAGACUCUCUUGAACCGCUAACAAAACUUGAGAGGCUGAACCUGCAGUACAACAACCUGAGCACUCUGGAUGCAUCUGUUUUCCAAAGGCUGCAUAAACUACAUUUUCUCUUCCUCGCUUGGAACAAGCUCAACAAAGUGCCCCCAAACCUUUUUAAGGAGCUCACUCAGCUCAGACACCUGAAUCUGGAAGACAACCGGCUGAACCACAUCCCCACAGGUUUGCUUGACCCGUUGAACUCACUGGAGGAGGAUGGACUGGACCUGAGUGUCAACCCGCUGGUGUGUGAUGGUAAGGCGGAAUACCUCUGGAGAUGGCUCCAGAACAACAAGAAGAAAGUUUUCCAAGCAGAUGCCAUCACAUGCAAACUACCGCCAUCUCUGGAAGGGCGAUCUGUGACAUCACUGGCAGAAAGUGACCUGAACCCGCAGUCUUAACUUUCCUCAAAAUG